AUGGAAUCAUUUGAGCUGCCAACAAUCCCUGAAUUCUUUCGUGAUCGUGAAAUUUUCAUUACUGGAGGAACAGGGUUUGUGGGAAAGGCGAUCAUUGAGAAGAUCCUUUACUCCUGCCCGGAAAUAAGUAGGAUUUACCUGCUUGUGCGAUGCAAGAAAGGUGUUGGAGUGUCUGAACGUCUGGAGAAAUUUAAAAGCAAUCAGAUCUUCAAUCGAAUCAGGGAGAAGGAUGAGAAAUUGCUGGAUAAGAUGAUUCCUCUCGCGGGAGACUCAAUGAGCCUCCAGUUGGGUUUGAGUGAUGAAGAUCUUGCAAAGAUGGAGAAUGUCUCUGUGAUAAUAAAUAGUGCUGCAAGUGUACGAUUCGAUGAACCCCUUCGUGAUGCGAUCUUCAUGAAUACGCGAAGUGCUCGAGAGCUCGUUGUGAUUGCGGAGAAGCUGAAGAAUCUCAAAGUUCUCGUUCACAUCUCCACAACUUACUGCAAUCCUGGGUAUGAAGUGAUCGAGGAGAAGAUUUAUCCACCUCUGGCUGAUUGGCGUCAAACGAUUAAACUUGCUGAGAAUAUGGAUGGAGAUACGUUGGAGAUCCUCGCGGCAAAGUACAUGGACUUCCAGCCAAACACCUACACCUUCACGAAGAGCCUGGCCGAGCAGAUAAUGAAGGAAAACUCUGAUAGGCUUCCCAUUAUCAUCUUCCGCCCGUCAAUUAGUAAGGAAAAUUAUUUUCCAGCAAUUCAGUGA